CAGCAGUUUGCGUGCGCAGUUCUCUUGCUCGCAUGCGUCGGGAGCGCACAGAGGGCGCACCGGUGUCAGUUUUGCUCCAGCCCCCUUGUAGCGGUCGGUCGGUCGCUGCUGGGUUGCGCGCAGUGGCGUCUGGCAGCAGGAAUUUGGGGAGUGGAAAUUCCGCUGUUACUUUCACGGCUCGCCUCGUAUUCCUGACAUUUCUGCUGUGACGGUCAGUCAGUCGCUGCGAGCGGAGAGAGGCGGAUAAAGAGCUGAACUGAAAUAAGGAGUAAAGAUCUGGAGAGCAGCGCUCCGAUGUUCCCCGCGGUUGGUUUUCACUGAAUACCCUUAACUACUGAUUUCUCCUUUUUUGAAUUUUUUCCUCUUGGAAGUACGUGUAUCGAUCCUGUUUGGUAUCACAAGUGAGAGGUUUGAUACAGAAUCGAGGGCGCACAGCUGCCACUUCUGGCGAGCGGAUUUUUCCUCUUGAUUCCUCGUCUUGUUUUCUGCUUUUGGAUUAUUUUUUCCUUUUUCCAGGAGAUGGCAACUUGUUCCCCGACAGACGCGGGGAUCUGGUGCUGAGGCUCGCAGGAUGCUGGGGACCCUACAACAACCAGAUCUCUUACUUUGAGACAAUCUUCGCUUAAUUUUCUCUUUUGGACGUAACCCACCUGGACCUUUCCCCUCUGCCUUCCGUUUGUCUUUAUUUUAUUUCACAGAAUGUCUGUGUUGUACAAUCUGAGGAUGCCUAGUGGAUUGCUAUUGUUCCUUUUCACCCAAGUCAUCUUGGUUGCUUCGUUGACUCAGACUGAUAAAUGCGGGGGGAAUAUAGAGAUACACACGGCGGACUACCUGACCUCCCCGGGCUAUCCCGGAGCCUACCCGCCCUCCCAGCAGUGCGUGUGGGUGAUAACAGCCCCCGAGCCCGGCCAGAAGAUCCUCAUCAACUUCAAUCCGCAUUUUGAUCUGGAGGACAGAGAGUGCAAGUAUGACUACGUGGAGGUUUACAAUGGCGGAGAUGAGCUUUCGCCCAUGCUGGGAAAGUUUUGCGGGAAGAUCGCACCGUCUCCAAUCAUCUCCAGCGGCAGCCAGCUCCUCAUCAAGUUCGUCUCUGACUACGAGACACACGGGGCGGGAUUCUCUGUUCGCUACGAGGUCUUCAAGACAGGUCCAGAAUGUUCCAGGAACUUUACGGCUCCCAGAGGCAUCAUCAAGACACCGGGCUUCCCCGAGAAGUACCCCAACAACCUGGACUGCACCUUCAUGAUCUUCGCCCCCAAGAUGUCUGAGAUCGUGGUGGAGUUCGACAGCUUCGACAUGGAACCCGACACCACGCCGCCGCCGGGCGCCCUUUGCCGAUACGACUGGCUGGAGAUCUGGGACGGCUUCCCUGCAGUGGGCCCUCACAUUGGUCGGUACUGUGGCCAGACGUCCCCGGGCCGUGUGAUCUCCUACACCGGCAUCCUGUCCAUGACCAUCACCACUGACAACGCCAUCGCCAAAGAGGGAUUCUCCGCCAACUACACCAUUCGUGAGAGGAGCCUCCCCCCAGGACAUGAAGAUGAGGAUUUUGCUUGCAUGGAGCCACUGGGUAUGGAGUCAGGAGAAAUUUCCUCUGAGCAGAUCAGCGCCUCUUCCCAGUAUAACUCCAACUGGUCCCCCGAACGCUCGCGUCUCAACUACCAGGAGAACGGCUGGACGCCCUCAGAUGACACCGUCAGGGAGUGGGUACAGGUGGACUUGGGAUUCCUCCGAUUCGUCACAGCCAUCGGGACGCAGGGAGCGAUCUCAAAAGAGACCAAGAAGCACUACUAUGUUCGCUCCUAUAAGGUUGACCUGAGCUCCAAUGGGGAGGACUGGGUCACCAUGAAGGAGGGCUCAAAGCAGAAGAUUUUCCAGGGAAACCACAACCCAACAGACGAGGCUCGCUCCUUCCUCCCCAAACAGACUCUGGCUCGCUACAUCCGCAUCCGCCCCAUGUCCUGGGAGCAAGGCAUCUGCAUGCGCUUUGAGAUUUACGGCUGCAGAACGUCAGACUACCCCUGUUCAGGGAUGCUGGGGAUGGUGUCAGGUCAGAUCUCAGAUGCUCAGAUCAGCGCCUCGUCAUUCGCCGACCGGGGCUGGGUGGCUGAGAACGCCCGUCUAUUGACAGGGAGAUCGGGCUGGACCGGGCAGCAAACCAAGCAGCCCUUCAGAAACGAGUGGCUGCAGGUGGAUCUGGGCCAGGACAAGAUGGUGAGCGGCGUGGUGAUCCAGGGAGGGAAACACCGCGACAGGAAUGUUUUUAUGAAGAAGUUCAGGGUGGGGCACAGCCUGGACGGAGAGGAGUGGACCAUUGUUAAGGAGGACAACACCACCAAGCCUAAGCUAUUCAUCGGGAAUCAGAACCAUGACACCCCAGAGCUGAGGUCAGUGGGUCCCCUCCUGACCCGCUUCGUCAGGAUCUACCCGGAGAGAGCCACCAUCGAGGGCCUGGGCCUCCGACUCGAGCUGCUGGGCUGCGAACUGGACGACAUCACCACUACAGCACCUCCCACCACGCCGAUCGCCUCCACACUUCCCAUGACCACGUUUGGAGCGACCACCACAGCACCGAUCACCGUCCCCGGCACUACCUUGUCCACAGACUGUGAGGAAGGACAACAGGACUGUGGCGGCGAGACCGAGGCCCCCGAUGAGGAAGACACAGUGACAGCAGGAGGCACUACAUUGGCUGACCCCAUCUUGGACUUCAUGCCAGCGUACGUGUGGUUCGCCUGCAACUUUGACUUCUCGUCGUUCUGCGGCUGGACCAGAGAGACCGGGACGGGGGCCGAGUGGCUCAUCCAGGCCAACGGGGCCCCCACCGUCCACAGAGGGCCGACCCUCGACCACACAGGCGGCCCAGGGAACUUCAUUUACAUGCAGCUGGGUGAUACAGAGGCACCAAGUAAAACAGGUGAAGAUGACGAUGAAGAGGAGAAAGUGGCGAGGUUGGCCAGCCUGCCCAUCACUGCACCGGAUGCCGACUUGUGCAUGUCCUUCUGGUAUCACAUGUUCGGUGAACACGCAGGAGCGCUUCACAUCAGGCAGAGGAAGGAAGCAGAAGAGGGCCACAUUGUGUGGACGCUCAGCGGGCACCAGGGCAGCCGGUGGAGGGAGGGACGAGCCUUACUGCCACACUCCAGUGUCUCAUAUCAGGUGGUCGUGGAAGCCGUCGCAGACAGACACAGUGCAGGUCACAUAGCUGUGGACAACAUCCAGAUCAUAGACGGACUCACUGCUGAGGACUGCAAGGUCCCCCCAGAUCCAGAAGCUCCUACAUCUCCAUCAACGAAGGUCAUCAUGCUUCCGAUGGACUCCCUCUCACAGGAGACCAGCGAGCUCGGCGGCCCGGGCAACAUGCUGAAGACCCUGGACCCCAUCCUCAUCACCAUCAUCGCUAUGUCCGCGCUGGGCGUCUUCCUGGGCGCCAUCUGUGGCGUCGUCCUGUACUGCGCCUGCUCGCAAGGCAGCAUGACGGACAGGAACUUAUCAGCCCUGGAAAACUAUAACUUUGAGCUGGUGGACGGCGUGAAGCUAAAGAAGGACAAGAUGAACGGACAGACUAACUAUUCAGAGGCGUGAGGGGGAAAGAGAGACGGAGCACGUGAUUGCUCCGCGUGGACAUGUGAUGCAGCCAAUCAAGUGGGAGGAACACGGGGGGGCUGAAGCCACCAAUGGGACGGCAGGGUGGGCUGAAAGUGAGCCAAUGUAAUUUUUUUUCUCAGGAGCGGCAGUGGAAGGGACUGACCUGUAGGGGGCACUGUGUAUAAAGAAUCUGUACAGCAAAAAAAAAAAAAAAAAGAAGAAGAAAAUCAAGGAUUCUAUUUGUUUUUCGGCGUGAUUUGUUGAUUUCAUGUAAUCACAUGCUGGUGUUGAGACCAAUUCAGAUGAAAGUAUCGUUUGUGUACUUUUAUGGAAAGAUAGGAGUUUUCGGUUGUUUUUCUUGUCUUUUUUUCAGAUGUCAUAGUUUCACAGAAAGAGUGGAGUGUGUGAAAUUUGCUAUCCUGAUAUCUGGCUCUUUAGCUGGUCAUACAUGUCCCUGUGAGUCUGAGUGUGUAUGGAAGUGUGUGUGUGUGUACAAGUGUCACAUUCAUAUACAGUGCAUCUGCAUUUAAGGUGUGUAUGUGUUAUGUAGUCUCGCUGAGGGCGUGUGUGUGUGUGUGUGUGUGUGUGUGUGUGUGUGUGUGUGCAUGCGUUCAUGUUUAUCUGUAUACAUGAAGUGCAAGCAUCUUUCGUUGUGUGUAUGUGUCUGAAUGGGUGUGGGUGUGGAAGGCAGGCACUACGGUGACCCGUUGACCUGUGUCCAGUUCCAACAGUGCCUUUUUUUUCCCUCCAGUUUUUCUGUUGCCUUGUUUUUCUGCUGGUUGUUUUCUCAUCAGCUGGCGUUGCGUCCAUCCAGGGUUCCUACACACAAACAUGAGGAAAAGUUCGGAAACUUCAUCUUGAACUUUUCCAGAUUGUGAUUAUACAACUAUAGGUUUUUAGAUGUAGUAGUGUACUGUCAAAUAUCACAUGUGUUGGCGUAGAUCUGGAGAUGUUCUUGCCUUGAUGACAGUCUUACUGACAGACUAAAAUAUUAAAAUCCAAGUUAACCAGUUUAGGUUGUGGAAACAAUGGUAUUUCCGAAUGUGUAGGAGCCCUGAAUGCCUCAUGUUCAUGGCACAUGACACAUCCAACAUAUUGUACAUAGGUUUUAAUAUAUUUGAGCGCCCUUUUCUAUAGAAAAAGACACCAGUGCCGCAGUAUCCUUUCUUUGUUGGAAUCAAACUCGCCCUGAUCUCUAAAGUGUACAGAAAAUAUUCAUUUUAACAGACAGAGACACAAACCUGUUUGUGUUUCUUUUACAAAUGUGAUCUGGUUGCCAUUUUGUGAUUUUUGUCGUUGUUUAGUUUCUGUUUGUGCUCUGGGAACAGGAAAUGUUUUACAACGAUGGAAUGGGCUUUGAGAUUACGGAGAGAUGCCUCAGACAUAAUGCCUCGUGGGAAGUGAUGUCUUUGUACAGGGUAAAACGGACAACCUCAGUAUAAGACAAUGACAGCACGUCAAGGAUGGAUCAACAGGAUUGAAACACUUUCACUGCUAACGGCUAACAUUUCUCACUGGCACACAAAAUGACUGUUGGACCUUUUAACCAGAAGUGUGUCCAGCCAUCAGAAAGACUUCCAUCAGCAUCUUUUACUGAGCUGACAGGAUGUGGACGCUCUGAAUGAUAAACUAAAAAUUCAUGUUUGCCAUGACAACGAUGUACUCUGUCAGUGUUUUUCCUGUGUUUUUCGACUAUUGGAGGAGUAAUCUUUGAAGGAUCUAAAUGAUAUGUAAUGACCCCCCAGCAGGUGGCUAGCUGCAGCUGAUCAUACCGUCCAAUCCUUGCCUCACACGUCCAUUUCUCUCAAGCUAAAGUGGCCUGGAAAUAACACACACACACACACACACACACACACACACACAAACACAAUUUUAUAACAAAGAUGAGUUUACUAGCUAAUCAGAGCAGAGACCCCACAGAAAUGCCUCGUAAAACAAUAGGGCUUGUUAGUUUCUUGAUUCAAAAGAUAAUUUACAUUGAAAGUGCUGUUAUUGUCAGAGGGAUUUUGCCGUGGCUUAAUUUGCAUUUUAUCCUCAUUUUACUCUCUAUUUGCAGCAUUUUCUUAGCUGUCAACACUGCAAAAGGGCCUUAUUUCCUGUGAUCUACAGGGAUGGAUGCCCUCUUAACAACUUCAGAGUCUGCGUAUUCUUCAGUGGAAAAUUAGUUAAAAACCUGAAAACGAUGAGCCUUAUAAAUAUUGUACUAAUAAGACUGCUUUGUUGUGUUUUAGCUUUUGUAGCUAAAUGUGGUGUGAUACUGGUCACUUGUUCAUAGCACUGUAUCGGUGGGAGGAUUGAGUCUUGAGGGCCAGGAAUUUUACCAGUCACUAACCUCGUCAACCUCCAGCAGAUGUUUUACGUUCCCUCUGGGAUAAUAAACAGGAAUAUUCUGACUGAAUGUUCAGAUAAUUUAAUUGCAAAGACUAAAAAGCCAUGAAGCAGGUGUGAUUGUUUGACAUGUUGCUGCCGGUAACUGUUUGUCCUGGUGUGGUUCCCGUUACGCUGCGCUGUAGAAGUGCAAUCCGCCCAUUUUUUAAUGUAGCAUGUGGUAUUGUGUGAGCUCCAAAUGUGAAGUUCAUGACCGUCCAUCGAUUCUCAAAUCUAUCCCUUAAGAUGAGGCCUCAGAGAUACUUUGUUGUAAAAGAAAUCCACCUCACUCAGUUUAAACUAAAUCAUCAUCUGCUUGCAGUAAUGAACAUUUCCAAUCAAAUUAAAGUGCUCUGACUGUUGAGAUGUUCAUUAUUCACUCUUGAGAGCCGCAAUGGUUCAAAAUAUCAAUGACAUGUUUACAGCAGAAAGACUCAGACAAGAUUUUAAGUAUCUAAAUUAUAAUUUCAGUCGAACAGAAUGUGUUUUGAUAAAGCUCGCUCCCCCUCGAACAAGAAAGGAUGCUGCAGCACUAGAUGUGAAAACAAAUGUUGCACUGAUAUAUUUAAAAAGAAAAAAAGAAUCUGUGUUUAUGAUAUUGAUUUAUGAAAAGAGAGAGCGAAGGAAGGAGAGGACAGUGUUAUUGUUGCUUCUUUUUAACACGGUUUCAGAUGACGAUGUUAUAAUUCUGAAAAGUACAAUUUACAGAGAUGUUUUUCAUUCUCGAAAAAGCUUAUAUGCGUCUCUUUGAAACGUAACAAUUUUAUUUACUUGGUAUAAUAUCACCUUGUUUUUGUACUGUCACUGAUGUACGUGCCAUUGUUUUUUUGUUUUUUGUUUUCUUUGUAUGACAAGAAGAAAUGUUUUUUGUUUUUUAAAAUACUGCUUCUGUAAUUUUUUGCUGUCU